AUGAAAGAAAAUAAAAUAAAUGUGAACAAUUCAUUUGAUGAAAUUAUCGAGUUUGUUGAGAACGAUAGAUCAGUUGGCAGCAGCAACAACAACAACAACAACUACAACAACAACUAUUUUUACACAAGCAUUUCUUUCAACAACAACAGCAGCAACACUAACUUCAACAGCAGUAACACACUCAACAAAUAUCCUUUCGUUUCAAACAGCACCACCAACAACAACAACACAAACAACAACAACACAAACAACAACACAAUGCAACAACAAAAACGUAAAACAAAACCCUACUGUACAACACGCAACCUUAAUCUAAUCUCACUAACAUUCGGGCUCGCGGCUGCGGGUUCUUUGAGUUUGGCCGCUUCCACAGACUUCUGGCUUUAUACCGAAGAACCGGUACGGGCCAUACCGGAAAAUGAAACGUUUGAUUAUCCGAAUCGACAACAGAAACAGCAUGAGCAGGAAAAGGAAAUGAGCUCGCAACAGCUUGAACAUAAACAGACUUUGUUGGAUAAGCCGAAGUUACCAGGCAUGCAUAACAAAUCUCAACAUUCGCAUGCUGAUGGUGUUGUUGCAAGACAGCACGAAACACAACAGCUUAAUAAUAGAUCUCGGGUCAGUCUACAACAAAAUCAUUCUCAACGACUAUAUACAAAAACAUUAAACAACAACAAAAGCAACGACAAUAACAUCGGCGUGGAAGUUAAAAACACGGUCGAUAUUAUGACCGACUACAACGACAAAAACAACAACGACAACAACAACGACAACAAUUACAACGAGUAUGAUCCUGAUGUAGAUAUCAACAAUAAUUCAGCUACAGAAAACGAAGAAGCUGAUGAUGAAGAAGAAGACGAUGACGAUGAUGACGAAGAAGAAGAUGACGACGACGAAGAUGAUGAUGAGAAUGAAGUUUCAAUCAUUCAAAUAAAAAUACAUAGUGGCCUUUGGAGAGCAUGCAUCAUACACGAUGACCCAGACACAUAUAGUUAUUGCGUGUUUAUUAAAAAGAUUUAA